UGGGCCCGGGAGUUAGUACGGCCGCGUCGACCAAACCGUUAACGAAAUGACGAGCUGAUAAGCGCCGAAAAAAUCCCACAAAAACGACAAGAAAUUAUGAUCGGCCCAAAUGUGACACUACCGGCCCGCAGUGAUUGAGUGGUGCGAUGCAACAGCCGAACCAAGUGCCGGAUAAUGGGGCGACUUCCACGGGAGCCACGGGGACGGCGACCACUAGGAGUCACGUGAACGGCGGUAGAUUUGACUUCGACGACGGGGGGACGUACUGCGGGGGGUGGGAAGAAGGCAAGGCACACGGGCACGGGGUUUGCACCGGGCCCAAGGGACAAGGGGCCUACUCUGGAUCGUGGCACUACGGAUUCGAAGUGUCGGGAGUCUAUACUUGGCCGAGUGGCAGUUGCUUUGAAGGACAGUGGCAGAAUGGAAAAAGACACGGCUUGGGUGUGGAAACAAGGGGGCGGUGGAUUUACAGAGGGGAAUGGACACAGGGUUUCAAGGGUCGGUACGGUGUCAGACAGUCGAAUACGUCCACGGCCAAGUACGAAGGGACUUGGGCGAACGGACUUCAGGAUGGAUACGGAUCAGAAACUUACGCUGAUGAUGGCACGUACCAAGGACAAUGGAUGCGAGGAAUGCGACACGGUUACGGCAUCAGGAAAAGCGCUCCGUUCGGCAAGGCGUCAAAAUACAGGGCGAACAAGACGCUGCGGGCGUCGUUGACGUCGCUGCGGAGUAGUGAGGCGCAGCCAGGCGGGCCUAAUCCCGAUCUGCAGGACAAGAGGGACCGCAGGGUGGACGAUUCCAGGGGCGGGUUCGUGCUCAAGAUGAACUCUUCCGAGCCGACGGCGAGAAGGAGGUCGCUGGGCUCGGGGAACGUCAGGAGGGGACUUUUUACGGGCCUGAAAUUGAAGAAACAACGAAGCACCGGUGAUUUAGAGAAACGAGCGGGAACUGGAAGCAUACGAUCGACAGCAUCAUCUGCUUCUUGGAUUAGCACAGAUUCGACGCAAUCGGCAAUGACGAAUGCCUCCGUUCCUUCCGACUCCAAUGCGAGUUUUGUCGUAGAGGACGAAACGAUGGACCCGAGCGUGACGGAAACCUACAUGGGGGAAUGGAAAAACGACAAGCGAUCUGGUUACGGCAUAAGCGAACGAUCGGACGGCCUCAAAUACGAGGGAGAAUGGUACGCAAAUAAAAAAUACGGCUACGGCGUAACAACUUUCAGUAACGGCGAGAAAGAAGAGGGCAAAUACAAGAACAACGUACUGAUAACGAGUCAGAAGAAAAAGAUAUUUCUGAUGAGGAGCGCCAAGUUUCGAGAACGAAUAGACGCGGCUGUCAACGCGGCGCAAAGAGCUUCGAAGAUCGCCCUGCAAAAGUCCGACAUAGCCAUCAAUCGGACGGCUACGGCUAGAGGAAAGGGGGAGCAGGCAGACAUCGCCGCUGCUCACGCCAAAGAGGACUCAGAUAUUGCCGAAACUGUUGCCAAACAAUACGCCCCGGACUUCAAACAGCCCGGGCUCGAACGACUCAAAGCGAGACAGAACAAGUUCAGAGAAAUGCAGAUGCAAAGCCAUAGCAUAGACUUGGAACAGAAACCAAAUAUUAAUUCAAUCAACCAACUUCCCAACAAAAUGCCCAAUCAGAUUCCGAACCAGAUCCCCAACAAAUCCAACCAAUUGCCUAACCAAAUGCCCAACCAACUUCCUAACCAGCUUCCCAACCAACUUCCCAACCAACUUCCCAACCAACUUCCCAACCAACUUCCCAACCAACUUCCCAACCAACUACCUAAGCAAAUUCCCAACCAAAUACCCAAUCAAAACCCUAACCAGUACCUUCAGAAUAACCCCUACACGCAACAGCAACAACAUAACGAAGCUGGACUGUCUGGCAACAAAGCAAACAACCCCUAUGGCAACCCCUCGCCUAACCCUUACAACAACCCCAAUAACCCCAGUAAUCUCAACAACCCUUCCAUGCAGCCACACAUAAAUGAUUAUAGACCGAAGUUGGGCAACAACCCUUUGGAAAACAACCCCGGGAACGAGUACAACUCAUCGAUGCAGAAGCCAAGGAAUUCCAUUGCUACCGAAGACAUUCAGAGUAAUUCGCUUAGGAGGAUGUCCAGGAGGGUUUCGGGCGAUAGGCCUUAUCUAGGGAAUAUAGGACAACAAUCUUCCAUUGAUCAUUUCGACCACUACAAGAGGCCGCCAAGUAGGGAUUCCAGUGUGGAUAGGUACUCCAGAGCAACUGGCCGUCUGAGCAACGCCAUGAACUCCAGGCAACCCUCGGUGGACAGAACCUCCGUGAACCGGCCUUCCGAAACUCCCGAUCGGACGCUGCGAGCCCCCUCUGCCAUUCGGGGCACCACUCCCGGACCGCCUUCCAGCAACGUGGGUGCCAAAAACGGAUCCGUCGUGACAGGAAACGCCACCAAAAUGCCGGUUAGCGGCUCCAAGUUGUCGGGCAGCAUCACCAAGCUGCCGGCAAAUAAUACAGGACCCGCCCAACCGCCUCCCUUUGAAGAAAUCAUCAUAAGGAAGAGAGGUCUUGGUCAGGAUAUCAUUCCCUCCCCGAACCAACCGAAGCGGACGGAGAGCCUUUUCAUUCCCGGACAGCCAACUCCGCAAGCUGUCAACAAGGUCAGUACGAACCAGGUCAGUAUCGGGUGA